GACGACGCUUCGUCGAACCGUUCGUCGUUCGAUCGGUUCUCCACGUUUGGCCUCACUCGUCUCUUCUUAUCCCUCUUUCGUUUAAUCCUUCUCUAGUUUCCUGUAUCUCGCUCUAUCUGUCUCUCGUGCCUCCGCCUCUUUCUCUCUCGCUUUAUCUGUCUGUGUUCUCGCAUCUUUCUCCACCUCGAUCAUUCGAUUCACCGGUUUCUUCCUCUUCUUAGCUCCGCAGCUUCCUUCUUCUCUUGUCUUUUCGGCUCGAACCGCCCGCGUGUCACGGUGAAGCGAACGUGGUGCACGCUGCGGGUGGUGGUGCUGGUGCUUGGUGUUGGUGGUGGUGGUGGUGCUGGUUGUUUUGGUGUCGUCGAUGGUGUCGGUGGUCGAUGGUGAUCGGUGAAUCCGCCUCGAGCGAUCAGGAGAUCUCACCCUUGGAAACCUUCCGCUUUCGCUCGAUCGAGGAGGGGAGGCUGCUCGAAUCAUGGCGUCCUACAGGAGCUACGGUGACACUGGCGCCUACCGACCCAGAGGCAAUAUUGGCAUCGCCGCGGGUACAUUUGGAAGAACGACCACGUCGACUGGCAGCGGUCUUCCGGGUUGCAGGAACAGCUACUCGUCGUCCAUCGGUUCCGGUUCCAGCCGAGUGCACGGCAAGGAGAGGGUUUCUGGCUUCGGAAACGCGUUCCUAAAGAAAGACAAGUUCGAGGAGAAACCUACCUUUAAGUAUUCGACUAACAAGGACGCGGACAAAAACAGACUGCAUCCCAGUAGGUCGUCGACGGAGGACGUAGGGGCGAAAAGUCCAUUAUCGAGCAGCAGAUCCUCACUGUUCGAGAAGUACUCGUUUCCAGCUACUAAAGCUUCAGAGAGGCCCGCCUCCGUUUUGGACAGAUAUAACCGUGCCACUUCCCGCGAGAAGAGCAGAGAGCCAGACGGAGUAUCGCGAUACGGAUCCAACACGUAUCCCGGAUCGAGCUUGGCUCGAACUUAUGGAAACGAAAGUAGAAUCGAGAAGAAAGAGAGGUCCGAUCAUCCGCCGGUUUCCUACCGUGGAUUACGGCCGAACUCUGGGAGAAGUUCACGCGAACCUAGCCCGGAAGUCAACGUCGGAAAAUCGAACUCCUUCAGAAUGUAUUCGAGAGCCCCAUCCUACGGUCGAUCCAGUGCCACUUCUAGUGCCUCCGAAUCGAGCUCGGCGCCAAUCUCCUCGAGAUUCGGCUCGACAGCUGGUAGCAGGUUCCUUUCAUCGAGAAGCAGCAACGACCGAAUACCGGCAGCCAUAAGCUACUCCGGAUCGGACAGGUUCCGAACUUCAGGCAGUAAGCCUAUGCCGGCAAAUUUAAAGGACGAAGACACCGUUAAAUCCAACGUGGAAAGGAACGCGACUCAAGAAAAACGUUCCACUCCUGUUAAAUCGGAAGAAUUAAAAGUCGACAACAGACUUCAGGACAAUGAGACCGUUACAAUGGUUACGAGAGGUACGUCGCCCAGUCUACCGGCUUCUUCGUCCUUUGUGAGGAGCAGAAGAGCCGACAUAGGCAUCGCGAAUCAAAGGGAAGUCGCGCGAGUUCGAAAGAAAACGGAGACGAAGAAUCAAGAAGUUCAGAGCGAAAGGCUCGAGGAUGCUUCGAGAUUUUCGCGAUUCGGAGGCGGUGGACGAAUCUCGGGGACUCCGUGGUCAACGUAUUUGGACAAAUUUUCCUCGAAUUCGAGCGGAAGUGGCGUGUACGCCAGAGGAUUUAACGGAGGUACGACCAACUCCAGAGUAAAUAGCUUCGCGUUCUCGAGAUCGAACGACGCUUCGAGAAACGACUCGACUUCAAAAUUAUCGCCUAGUUCUAGUCAAGAAAUCCACGGUAAUAGGAACCAAAAUGAACAGAGUACUAAAGCGUUCGGCGGUUUAGGUUUCGCGGUCACGAAAACGGAUUCGAAAGCGUCUACGGGUAACGAUCCAAGUAAUUCCAAUCAGACGGAGGUUAAAACGCACAAUGGCGAGGUUCGUCCAUGUAGCGUCGGCAAGAUCGAAGUGAAAACCAGUCGUUUAGCGAAUCCUUCGGUUUUAAAGAGAGACAACUCACCGCACCAGCCUGGUGUUGUCAAGUCGCCAGAUUCCCGCGAAAAUACUUCCAAGAGCGAAGAACAGCAAAGUAGUAGAGAAAGUUCGACGUCGAAGAGCGAGGAUAGCAGCCAGAGAAGACCAUCGAUACCGAGAUUAGGUCGUAUCGCAAUGAAGAACGAAGGCAAGGUUACGAAGUCAUCAUCGAGUUCGUCGACUAAGUCCGAUGGAUUGCGGGAAAGAAGGAGCUCGACACCUAAAUCUGACACUAGCUCGUUAUCGAAACUAGAUGAAUCUUCUAGGAUAGUCGAGGGUCACUGCCAAGGACAGAGUAAAGAAGUCUCCGCGUCUAAAAGCGAUAGUGUUUCUUCUACGAAAGAUUCUUUCCAAAGCAAUUCGUCCCAAAGCCGAUCCACAACACCCCAGUCGCGAAGCGGCUCUACGAAAAAUCUCUGCCGCCAAAUGACACGGACCGAUUCGUCGGAAGGAUCCGCUGUAAAUGUGCCAAUUGGCAGAUCGAAAUCGACGUCAGCCAGUUCGGUGACGAGUCAGGGUGCAAAAAUAAAGGCGACGCCGCCACCAUCGCCAGGGAAAUCUUCCGCAUCGACCGUCUCUUCAGUGAAUCUGAGGCAGGGCGGAUCACCGGAUGCUCGUGGCAAACCACCUGUACCGAAGAGCGAUGCCACAUCGGUGUCCGCAUCUAAGAGCAUCGUGCCAGUUAAGUACGUGAACAAGGAUUUUCGAAAGUCGACGUUAAACAUGGAGAAUGGCGACCCGUCGCAGUCAAAGUACAGCAGGAAGAAGAAGAAUCAACGAAGCAUGUCCGUCAGCUCUCAAGAUUCGCAGUCCGAACCGAACUCCGAACCGAAUAUCCAUCGUCCAGCUGCCCCCUCGGAAUCGAGCUCGAGUUCCGUGAAAUCGAAUAGAUCGAGGCUGAGAAUGCCAUCAUCCGGUACGUCGUCGAAGAGCAUCGGUAGGAAAAGCGAGUCGACUAGUUCGUUGAGGCCGGAAAAUUCGAGGAGCAGCUCGAAAUCUCCUUCCGGGAAGAGAAGCAAGCAAGACGGAAGCUCGAGUUCCAGCGGCGUUAGCGAGUCGAAUUCAUCGAAUUCGUCGAGCAGCGAGGAGGAAGACGAUAAUAAACAGACAAGACCAGGAUCGAGACGUCGUAAAAGGAGAACGUCAAAAUCUCCUUUCUGCGAGAAAAAAGGGAAGAUAAGCGCAGGGUCGUCGAGGACGAGCGUUUUGGCGUCAUCCACCGACGAAAUGUCUUUGACGAUGGACAAACCGCCCAGACCGCCGUCUAGUCCCAGAUCGAAAAGCGAUCGUUCAGGGAAAACGGAGGAGGCUAAAUCAUUCCUGAUGAGGGCCCUCGCACCAGUGACGAAUCUUUUCAAGAAUAAGCAUCAAGAUUCCAGCGAGUCGGGUAAAUCAGGUGGUUGGCUGGAUUCCAACGAGGAGAGCACGGACGCGAAGAAGUCAGAGCAAAACGGUACGAUCGCUUUAUCGAGGAGUCUAUCGAAGAGCUUCAGUUUCACGAACUCGGAGAAGAACGACGACAAGAGACAUUCUAGCGUGAGGAUCAGGCGGAAUUUUUCCGGGGAGCAACCGUGGUGGAUGGAUCCGAACUCCGACAAUGUUCCUGAAGGCGUCGAAACGGGAAGCGUGUGCAACGAAGAUAUCAGUCAAGAAACGACCGUCAGUAGUACCUUACCUGACGAUGGCAAAUUUAAAUACAAAGUGUGGAGACAAGAAUCAGAGGAACGAGCUUGGUGGUUAGAUUCAAACGACAGCGCGGAAGAUGCGAGGAAACAGUCGACAACGAUUUUAAGACAAGAAUCAGGAGAGAAGGCUUGGUGGCUAGAUUCCAAUGAUAACGUCCCGUCGGAAGAAACGCAGAGACAAUCUUCCGCAACAGUUUUAAAGCACGAUUCGGGAGAUAGGGGUCGUUGGUUAGACGGAAAUGACAGCGUCCUUUCGGAUGAUGCCAAAAAACUGUCGCGACCGACGAUAUGGAGACAAGAAUCGGGGGAAAGAGCUUGGUGGUUGGAUGCAAACGAUAGUGUUCCGUCGGAGGAAUCGAAGAAGCAAUCGUCUAUGGCGUCUCCUGUUUCGAAACGAGAGUCGAGUCGUUCCAGUACUCGGUCCAACGAACGAAGAAAUCGACUCAGGCACCAGCAAUCCGGCGAACAAGCAUGGUGGAUGAACGACAAUCCUGAGAACGUACCUGAAGGAGUCGAAGUCAUUCCUGUCGCUACAACGCCUACGCAAAAAAAUAAUAUCUACAAUGAUGAAGUGGACGACAGUCAAACGUACAACAGAAGUAUAAAUAAAGUCAGGCACAUCGAGUCUGGUGAGAAACCAUGGUGGAUGGAUAGCUCGUCAAACGUUCCUGACGGUGUCGUUAAGAUUCCUAUAGAAACGUCGAACAGCACCUCCGAUUCCUCCGAAUCGUUCGAGAAAAUCGAUAUUGGCGUUAACCCUGAACCUGAGAUAUACGCGAAGAGAAACCUUUCUAGAUUCCCUAUCGAGUUUCCGCCACCGCCGCCCGAUGAGCCGCUUGGGGAUCGUGCCAGUCCUGAAGGGGUGGAGAAUCCUCCAGAUCCGCCUGACAACUAUGGCGGACGCGAUUCGCCUUACGACAAUGUUCAGUCGACACCCCGAAAAUCGUCGCCAAGGAAACGACCUUCCACGUUACCAUUGUUCAUCGGCCAGCACACCAACAUCGACGAUUUAUUGGGCGACGCGACCACCUUGUGUCCAAGCCCUGUCUUGUCUCGAAUUCGUAAACGCGAACGCAUCGGCGAGGAUUCGGCAGAAGAGAGUUCAGAAUGCGAAGAGAUAGACGCCACCCAAGUGAUCAUCCACGACAGCACUCCGCAGACACCGGUGAUACAACGACGACAUCGGGACAACGAGAGACCUCAACCCGACGGCUACAUUCCGGGUGUCCUUUGUAGCCGGGACGGAAUAGGGAGGGGGUUGACCGCACGGCGGCGCCACUGUCGCCUUAGUACAGGUGUCCGUGGCGUUCAGUGUCGCGGCGGCCGCUCGCGAGAUACUCACUUCAAACCGAUCGAUCGAUGGAAGAGCGCGAAAAGCUGCAGGGACAAAAUAGCGGCACUUUUUCCUCCGUCACGAAUCUCCAUCGUCGCUCAGACAAAAAUAAAUCGGCAGCUUUCCACGGCCGCUCGCGGUGUGCCUCUCUUUUUCUCUCUUUCUCUCUCCUGUUCUCAUAAAACAAACUCACGAACGGAUGAGAAGUGGUCGGAGUAGAGAAAGAGAAUAUCGGUUCACCGCGAUCAAGGUAUUCACGUGAGCCUCUGUUUCGUCGUCGAGCCGGUAGACGCGAAUGGAACGUGAGGAGGAAGAAAGAGACACGGGGAAAAAGGAACAGAGGGCUGGCGUGAACGGUGGAGACAGCGCGUUAGAGAAAGAAGGAACGAGAGCAAGGUUCGUUUUCUCGGUUGGUUGUAGCCGGCGACUCGAAUGAAAAUAAAUCGGCGGUACGACGAACUGGUUCGUGCGUUCGCGUAAAGCGGUCGUGCGGUCCGGUAAAACAGA